UUUUUACCAAGAGCGCAUGUUUUAGAAAUCGUGGAAACAUGGACUCCUUGACCACCUCCGUGAGAACUUCGGACUUUGUUUUAGACCCAAGGGUCUUCAACAAACCGCGGAGAAAGCGCUACAUCAGCGAGAGUUCUGAGGAGGAGGAGGGAGCGACUGAGGGGAGCCCUUUUGCCCAGCCAUUGAUGGAUACGCCGGAACUUGAACCCGAAACCCAGCUGCUUGUGAGGCACCUCGAUGAGCGUGAUGGCCUCGUGUUGUCCAUCCCCCUGGAGGAGGAAGGCGAACGCAGCUCGGGGGAGUCGCUAGUGGACAAGAUGAAUGGAAAAGACAAUGCUCAGCUCGACAGUGCCUUUCUAGAGGACCCGGAGACCCUGCUCAGAGUUGCAUCAAGCAGCGAAGAUGAACCGGGCCCACCCUGUUUUUGCUCAACGCCGAUACAAAAUGUUGAAGAGGACUCUGAGGAUGACGGCUAUGAGGAAUUUAGGAGGAGGCUUGGCAUGGAACUGACUGAGCCAGUGCCACGUCGUGAGCGUAAAAAAGUCAUGCAGACUAUUGUACGCGUUGCUGUUUAUGCUGUUCUUAAUCACUGUCUUAGGGAAAAGCUUUUUGAAGAUUGUGAGGGCUGUGUCAUAGAUGCACCAGGCCAGUGGCACCAUGACUGUGUGACUUGGACUUCAGUGGAUAUAAACUGCAAGCUCCGGGGCCUGUGUGCUGAGCUGUGUUUGGAAAGCUUAUUAAACACUGUUAUUGCCAUAGGUUAUGCUAUGCAAUGUCUGUGCCUAACCCAAGAACAUUAAGCACAAGGGGUGACCUUGAUAAAUGCUGUGCAAUUCAGUGGAGACCCUGACCAUGUUUUAAAGAAAAUGACCAAACCGGAAGAUGCCUGCUUAGAGCAUUAUAUUGACUGUCUGGUCCACACAAAAAGUUACAGAACCCUGCUUAAGAAAAAGGCUAUUGGUAAGAAAUCUAAAAGGAUUAAGUUAGAAAAUGGUGAGGGGCAAAACAUGCGAUAUAAAACUUGGUAGCUGUAAAUUUAAAAAAAAAAUCUAUUGAAAAGGACUUUGUGACUAUCUGUAUUUCUGUUAGUAGGUCUCUGGCCCUUAAGGGAGCUUCAAGGUUUUUUUUCUUUUUUUAAUGGAUCAUCUUGGUUUGUUUUCAAGGAGCUGUAUGUCUUUUAAAUAAAAAAAAUAAAUUGUUUGUGAGAACCUAGCUCUUGUGUCUUUUGUGUAAGAGAGACCCAUUUACAGCAAACAAGCUGAAAUGUAUGUUGUAGGAGGGG